CAUCCCGAGGUCUCCAGCGCGCGCUCUCCAUACUGAGACAAGUGGAGAGAGAAGAUUUGAGAGUUUAAAGAACGUGCCACUGUCCAACGACGACGAUGUGGAGAUCUCUUCUGCUGCUCAUUUCUCCUCUGAUGCCUUUCUGCGGCGGGGUUUGUUUCGUGUGUCCGGAGAUCUGCCGCUGUUCUCAGAAGAGCAUCAGCUGCAACAGUGCCACAGAGAGCAUGAAGACCAAGACUCACAGCAGACUAGUUCUGAACUACAUCUCACUGACAACCAUCAGCAGUCGCAGCUUCGACGGCCUGAAAGGAGUCAAACGAAUUGAAAUCUCCCAGAGCACCUCGGUGGAAUCCAUAGAGACAGAAGCCUUCAACAACCUUCUGAAUGUCUCUGAAAUCUCAAUCCAGAACACACGGAGCCUGGUUCACAUCCAUCAGAUGGCGUUCAAUCACCUGCCCAAGCUAAGAUAUCUGAGCAUUUCCAACACGGGCAUCACUGUUUUUCCUGAUCUGACCUCCAUCUCCUCCCUGGAGUCCCAUUUCAUACUGGAUAUUUGUGAUAAUCUCCACCUUCGUUCAAUCCCAGCAAACGCUUUCAUCGGAAUGACAAGUGAAUACACAACAAUGAAUCUCUUUAACAAUGGAUUCAGAGAAAUUGAGAGCCAUGCCUUCAACGGAACCAGCAUAGAUAAGCUGGUAUUAAAAAACAACAAAGAUCUACGUGUCAUCCACGAGGACGCUUUCAAAAGAUCUUUUGGUCCUACUGUACUUGACGUGUCAUCCACGCCAUUGGAGACGCUGCCCUCUCAUGGUCUAGAAGACGUGCUGAUGCUGGUGGCCCGUUUAGCGUUCGCCCUAAAGAGAUUGCCUCUGCUGAAGGGGUUAAAGAGCUUGAGAGAAGCGCACCUGACGUAUCCCAGCCACUGUUGCGCGCUGCUCAGCUGGGACUCCAACAGGGAGGGGUCCGUUAUUGCUGGAACGAGAAAUGGAUCUUCAAACUGUGGUGACCACAAUCCGUCAGCUAGGAGCUCGUCUGACACCGUGUCGGGUGGCUUCGUCAUGGCGGACGAUCCGCUUCCAUCUGACGUGGCUGGAUCCGUAUCGGCUGAGGAAACUUUUGGAAGUGUGGACUUUCAUUACCCAGAGCUAGACUUGUGUCAGCGCAGACCGCCCCUCCAGUGUAGCCCUGAGGCGGACGCCUUCAACCCCUGCGAGGACAUCGCUGGUUUCGGGUUCUUGAGGGUGGCCAUUUGGUUCAUCAAUGUCUUGGCCAUUGCGGGCAACCUGACCGUGUUGCUCGUGAUGUUUACGAGUCGCUGCAAGCUGACCGUCCCGAGGUUCCUCAUGUGCCACCUGGCCUUCGCUGACCUCUGCAUCGGCGUGUAUCUCCUCAUGAUCGCCGCCGUGGACCUCAGCACCCGCGGGCACUACAGUCAGCACGCCAUCGAGUGGCAAACGGGAGUGGGGUGUGGCAUCGCCGGGUUCCUGUCGGUGUUCGGUGGCGAGCUGUCCGUCUACACGCUGUCCUCCAUUACCGUGGAGCGCUGGCACACCAUAACUCACGCUCUGAGGCUGGAGAGACGCUUGGGCCUGAGUCACGCUUCGGUUAUCAUGGUGGUCGGAUGGCUGCUCUGUCUCGGCAUGGCGCUGCUCCCCCUGAUGGGUGUAAGCAACUACAAUAAAGUCAGCAUGUGUUUGCCGAUGGACAUCGAGACUCCUUUAUCCCAGGCGUAUGUCAUACUCCUGCUUCUCUUCAAUGUGGGAGCUUUCCUGGUGAUUUGCAGCUGCUACGUGUGCAUUUACUCCGCCGUGCGCAACCCGGAGUUCCCGGGUCGUGCCGCCGACGCCAAGAUCGCCAAACGCAUGGCCGUGCUCAUCUUCACUGACUUUCUGUGCAUGGCGCCCAUCUCGUUUUUCGCCAUCUCCGCCGCCUUCAAGGUCCCUCUCAUCACCGUGACCAACUCCAAGAUCCUCCUGGUGCUCUUCUACCCCAUCAACUCCUGCGCCAACCCAUUCCUCUAUGCCAUUUUCACCCGGGCGUUCAGGAAAGACGCCUGUAUUCUCCUGAGUUCCAUGGGCUGCUGUGAGAGCAAAGCUAACUUGUACCGGAUGAAGGCGUACUGCUCGGAGAACAUUAACAGAAGCAAAAGCAGUUCUGGAUCCAACACCAAAGCCCCUCGAGCUGUCGUGUGGAUGUCCACGUUCCCUCAUGUGGCACCGCGAUCCCAGCUGCAAUGAGUCUAGAACAAACGCUACACAAACAUUUCUUGUGACCAUCGCGAGGUCAUGAGCUUAGACUCUUAAUUUAUCGUUGUAUUAUAUUUUUAUGGGGCAUUUUAAGAGCCAAGUUUUUCUGGCUCUUCCCUUGAGACUGUGAAAGAGCAAGAUGAUGGUUUCAGAGGACAAUGUGCCUCAUUUUCUCUCAUAUCUCACAAGGCAUUGACUUGUAAUUCAGAAGAUGAGCAGGUGUUUUCAGAGAGAAUCGGGGUAUCAGGGUAUUGAAGAUGCACAAAAUGGCUUUUGUUAAUGGGUAAAAUGCAUCAUAGAUGCUGUAGAUGAUGUCUACAUUAUGUCACAGUUUUACAAGGUCUUACAUUGUUGCACAUAAUACCUGGAAAAGUGAGAAGCAUCAUUCUGGUUUUAAAUCAAUUUUUGGUCAAGCUAAAAUGUGCUUUUUACAAGCUAUAACGUGCAUUUUGGUCUAAAAUAAUUUAUUGUAGCUGAAUACUGUGUAAAUAACAUUCCAUGUUGAACCGAAUUCCAUUUGUUGAUUGCAAUUUAAUUGUGAAAAUAAUGGUCAUUUAAGGAUUGUUGUUUUUGAAUGUUUGUUGUUUGCGAGGCAACUUUUGUAAAUCUAAAAGGGAUAACUUAUUAAAGUUUUGUAACUUUAAUUAUCACUGAUGUUUACAGAAAUGGUUCCGGUCUGUUUUAUAGUAUAAAAGUGCGCCACACUGUGGUCAGUUUUCGGUAUGUGCAC